AUUAGCAUCCGGGGUUAGUUCACUCAUUUGAGAUAUAAAUCAUAUAAUUAAAAGACGCAUUGAUGAUACUGUUACAGUAACACGUGACAAUGUCGACACCAGUGAACCCAUUAUUGUUACUGAGAAAAUGUAUCCAAGCUGACGAAGAGGAGCGAAAAGCUAGACGGAGUACAAAGCGUCAAAAAGAGGACAUUGAAAGUGGCAUAUGCAAAGCUGGUGAUAAAUCCCAUGAGGAAGAAGAUACAUCGGGUCGUCGUGGUCCAACGCCGUCAACAUCAUUAAAUCAUCCCCAAGGGGACACAACAGCAAAUACAAUUAACGCCGAACAUAAAACUAAUCAAGGGAUAAAAACCGCUGAUGAAUUAUCUGACAAGAACGCCGGUUCUAAAGAUACAAACGCUGAUAAAAAUAGUGGACCGAUAUCGGAUAGUUUAAGUACAAGUUCUUCGCCAGCAACAGCUGGCAGAAAUAUUUCACCCUAUAUUUCUCAUCAGCAUAGCAUAGGAGAAGAUAAAAAUAAACCUUCCUCCGACGGUAAAUAUUCAGAUACAGCUAGCAAAGCAGUUGGUAGGUCCCGGUUAAGUGAUUUACCUUGUGAACACGAUUCAUCGAAACGUUUACUAGAUCGGGAUUCUAAGCACGCUCAGUCCGUGGUUGUAAACACUGACGUAGAUUCAAAGAUGGGUUCGGACGAUGGUAAACCUGAAAACAAAUGCACUAAGAUUCUUAAAGGAAUAUACCGUUUGAUAUCUUCAUCAGUGGGGUUAGUCACCAUAUUGUUGUGUUAUUCGUUUAUUGGUGCGGCUAUCUUACAAGCUAUCGAGGCCCCACACGAGCGACAAGAGAAACAUGAAAUCAUUCAAAGCAGAGAUGAUAUAAUCGGGGAGCUCUGGAAUAAAACAAAAGAAACCGGACUUACCAUUGAACAAUGGAGGACAUUUGCUCUGGCUGAAUUAGAGGAGUAUGAGUGGCACGUGAGGGAUGCAGCAGCACAUGGCGUCAGCUCUGACUCAACUGAGACAGUCUGGGACUUCUGGGGCUCAGUCUUCUUCUGUGCAACAGUGUACACAACUAUAGGGUAUGGCCAUAUUGCCCCGGCAACCGGUGCAGGUCGCAUAGCAACAAUGAUUUACUCUAUCAUUGGUAUCCCCCUCUGUCUGAUCGUCUUCGCUGACCUUGGGAAACUCUUCACGCGUAUUAUUAAAUUCUGCUGGGGACACACCAGGAGGUACGUCAUCACUGGACAGUGUAGGAGGGGAGAAAACAUGAAAACGCGGGGAGGUGAAGUGUACAAAAUUGACGAUGAGUUUAAUUUGCCUGUCUGGUUAGCCAUUGCGAUCACUGUGCUUUAUAUCCUUAUUGGUGCAAUAAUGUAUGUACAAUGGGAGACUAAUUGGGGAUACUUGGAAGCAUUCUACUUCAUCUUCAUCUCUAUUAGCACCAUUGGUUUCGGUGAUAUCCUCCCCGACCAUCCAAAAUACUUCAUGCUGUCUUUUCUCUACGUGUUUGUUGGGCUAUCAUUGGUUGCCAUGGUGAUCAACGUCGUCAUGGAAGCCUUGACGAAAACAAUCGACAUUGCUAAGGAGAAAUUGGAAGAAGUCAGUAAGAAUGUCAUAGGUAUUGAUCUUGCCGCGCUUAAUACUGAUUCUGAUUCAGAAUCUGAUAUCAGUAAAGAAAAACAAAAUGGCGACGAUCCUGAUAACAAACCAAGGAUUGACAACGGAAAUCACGAGGAAGAUGAGACUAGGCGAGCUGAACAGAGAGCUCAAAGACGAGCAGCAAGACAACGAGCUAAGAUUGCAACAGAACCCGAGAAAAAUGAAUAACAUUAUAAAAUCCAAGUCUACUUUACCCUAUUCCCGAUCUCUUAUUUAAAUGUGUCGGUAUGACAACCGAUCGAUCACAAAUUAAUGACAAAUCCCCGUUUAGCUUUUGCUGGACCAGGCCUAAUUCUUUUUACAAAGGCCUCGAUUUAGAAACAAGUUAUGUGUGCCAUAUCGUUUUAUACAUUUUAAGCUACGUGCGGUGUAUACUCAUUUCCACUACGGUGAACUCAUUUCCGAUCGUUGGAAAUAAAAUACAGAAGACAAUAAAAGAUGGCGUUAGCAGUACAACACACCCCGGCAAGACUUGUCGUUUCCACAACUUUUACUCUAUGUUUAAGUAUUUAGUUGGUGAGAUGGUUGCUUGAACAGAAUGCAUAGAACUGCCCUGUUCUCCUUCGGGAGACAAUCGGAUUACAAGUUCAUGUGGUUAUGUCAUUGCGGUAUAUCGCAUGGCCAAAACAAACAAAGAUACAUUAUUUGUGUGAACGUUUUAUAGAAGUAUUUGUACAUUUUGUCAUAUCUACUUACAAACGCAAAUAUUUACCGUAAUUGGAUUUUUAAUGCUAAUGCCACCAUUUGCCAUUACUGUAUCUAUACAAUUUGUUUAAUUUCAAUGUUGAUGAAUCUAAUCGACAAAAUGGAGAGUUUGCGAAUAACCGUUAGCGAUACCACCAAUAUACAAUCUCAUGCUCAGCUCCAUAAAAUACCUAAAAUAGAACCUGUGUGCGCUAUUUGGGUAAGAUUUUUGUGGCUCUGCAUUGGACUGAACGCUAGUCUAUCAGCAAGCCUCAGGUGUCUAAUUCUCUUUUUCUUUCCUACGCUUGAUUUGAUCUUCAUCUUGAAGUUAGUUGUAAACCAAGAUGAUAUUGUAUGGAUGUAUGUAAAGUGUGAUAUGUGUGUG